AUGAUAUCAAUGCUUCCAAGACGUGUGUUGAAAUUACUGGAGUUUGUUGGCUUCUCAGGGGAUCGUCAAUUUGGCUUGGAACAACUUCGAUUGGGUGCACAAAUGCAUGAUUCACUACGUGGUCCACUAUGUGCUUUAUUAUUAUUAUCCUACGACUUGUAUGCUACUCAUAUGCUUGGUGACAGCGUUGUAAGUGUAUCUUGUGAACAACCAGAACAUUUAAAAGAAGCUCGUGAACUGUUAGAUCAAUGGUCAGUGGUCUAUCCUAAAAGUGCUAUAUUCCUUCUGCUGGCUGGUCGAUUAGAAGAAAUAUCAGGAAAUUUGAAAGCGGCUAUUGAAUUAUUUGGACGCUCAAUUGAUUCUCAGUCUGACUGGAUUCAUUAUCAUCAUCUUUGCUAUUGGGAGUUGAUCUGGUGUUAUGCAUUACAAGGAGACUGGCAACAGGCGAUUCGUUAUACAGAAAAGCUCGCUUUAGAAAGUCGGUGGAGUCAAGCUUCAUAUCGAUAUAUGAAAGCCGCUUUCCUUCUACAAAGUAUAGAAGAUCGUACAGCGCCUGAUAUCACCUCAAAUGAUGGUACAUCGAAAAAUCCACAAGAUGUUGUAGAUCAACUGCUUGCAGAUAUACCAAAAUUAGUGAAACGUUUUGGUGGGAGAUCUUUACCAAUUGAAAAAAUUGCCCUCAGGAAAUCUUCACGCUACUUUUCACAGAACAAAACAUUAACACUUCCAGCCUUGGAGCUAAUAUUUAUUUGGAAUGGUUUUAAAAUGAUUCAAUCACAACCAGAUGCCAUAACAACAUUUAUUAUGAUUUGUGAAAAUAAAAUCAAUGAACUGUUUCAAAACAGAGACACCAAUGAAAACUUUUUCGACGAUUAUUGUUUAGCUUUAAUGCUAAAAGGUGUAUGUCUUCGGUGUCGUGGUCAACCGUUUCAAGCGUUUAUGUGUUUCACUGAAAUUCUACAAUCAAAAAAGAAAUUAAAAAUGGAUACUUAUUUAUUACCCUACUGUGAAAUGGAAUUGUGUCAUUUAUCCUAUGAAGAUGGUGAUAUUGAUGAGGCUGUUAAACAUUUGGAGAAAGCUCUGAGUUAUAAAGGUUAUCAUUUAGAGUCACGACUACACUUUCGUAUCCAUGAAAUGGAUACCAAGUUGAAAGAGAGUCAGAGGAAAUUCUCGACAUCAACUUUAAAACACCAGCAACAACAACCACACCAAAAUCAACAUCAAUUGUCCCAACUACAACUGCAACAACAACAACAGUCAAUGAAGAAGACUGGCAGUGAACAUCUUCUUACUAUUCCAAAUAGUAAUGACAACAAGUCAAUAUCAUCAUUUAAGUCUGUAGAUAUCCCUGUGAAUUAUGCUUCAACACCGUCAUCCUCUAACGCUUCAAAGAGUUUUUUGUCACCUGGAACAGGUGGAUCAACAAGUGGAAUGAUGAUGAAUUCAUCAUCACCAUCACGAUCAAGACGAUUAUUCGAUGAUGAUGAUCUUGAUUUGGAUUUAGAUGAUGCAUGUGGUUCAGAAGGUUCUCAUGAAGAUUAAAUAAGAAUGAUCUAAGUGCUUCUCUGGAUUGACUAUUCUCCCUCCCAUUUGUACUACACAAACACAAACACACACACAAAGAGAUUGAUUGUCUUCAAACCAACCAACCAACUCACCUCCAUUUCAUCCCUUCACGUUUUACCCCUCACAGUGAACGAUUCCCUUCCUAUCAGAGAGAGAGAGAAAGAGAUCUAUGAGAAGAAUUCAGUUCAUAUAUAAAUCUAUAUAAAUGAAACAAGUCUUUCCUAUUACACAAUCACUCAUAUAAACAUUAUUACUAACUAGUAGUAAUUAUAAUAAUAACAAUAAUAAUCUCACAUAUGGAAUGCCUGCACCAAGACAUAUACACCCACCAAUGCAGAUAGUGUGGCAGACACACAGAUCGAUCGAUAGAUAGAUAGAUGGAUAGACAGACAUGUGGAUAGAAUGAGACAGACAGAUGGACAUUUCUCAACUCUCUACUCUUUCUUAUUCCAUGUUCAAUAUAUAUAUAUAUAUAUUUAUAUAUAUAUAUAUAUAGAUCAAUUUAAACAAACUUGUAUUAUCUGUGAUACCACCAAAGGGUGUAAGUAACCAUGACGACGUGAUGGGUAACCCACAAAUCGUGCAAUUCGCCGUCGUUGUCGUCAUCAUCUUCUUCUUCUUCUCGUGUCACUAAUUGGUUUUGUUUUUUUAAUAAUUUUAUUAUUAUUAUUCAGUUUUUGUUAAUUUUACACUCGUAAUCAUUAAUAACUAUAAUUUAGAAAAUGAUGAUGGCCUUAAAAUAUUUAUUAUCAGUAUUAUUAUUAUUAUCAUUAUUAUUAUUAUUACUAAUAUUAUUUGUAAUUGAACGACAGGAGUAAACAUAUUUUUAUUUUAUUUAUUUAUUUAUAUUUCUUCAAAUAUAAC